AUGGUCGCCAGCUUUCUCACUCCUAGCUCAUCGAGAAAUACAACAUCUUCAGGUACUCCUUCACCAGCGACUCCGUCACAACACCAUGCAGGUCACGGCCCGCCACUACUCCUCCUCCUGAUCAUCAUCAUCGUCUUGGUUCCGCUGUCCUUCAUGGGCACUUUCCUCCUAUAUCGUCGCUACUGUCCUGGGCAUUACGCUAAGACCGAUAAGUACUGUCCGUUCCGAGCGACUGCGCGUUGGAUCGCAAACUUGCCUUUUGUUGCGGCAUGGCGCGCCAGACGAGAGCGGAACAAGGGCAUCAGAGAUCGACAAAGAGAGUAUAUGUAUAGACGGAAGAAUACUUGGGACGGCAAUGACAAGACAACCUCCAAGAAAAGCGAAGAACAAACCGCAGCUGAAAGAGACGAGUGGCUGCGACAAGAUAUGAUCGAGCACUACAGAGGCACAUCAAGGAGCGGAAACAUAGGAGAUGUUCCUCUUAAGGACAUAGAAAGCAAGCAAGUUCCAAAUGUGCCAUUGCUGAGCCCUACGGGCAGUGCUCCUCCCGCAUAUCGCUCUUCCGUGGAAACAGCAGGUCCUUCCACGCCGCUCAGGCCUAUGCAUAGCAAGCCGUCGCUCAAUGCAUUAGAACAUGUACCAGCUCCAUCAAAUUCUCUAGCUGCAGGCCCGACGUCCCCAGGUGCACAGCAAUCUACACCAGGCAUCCUUACAGGCGGCCAUAUCCGCGGACCUGCCAAUAUCCCAAUAUCGCCAACCAACCCCGACCACACGCAGAAACCGACACUACGCGACAUGAUCCGCGCGCAACGCGAGAAACUGCUCAGAGAAGAAGCUGCUGCGAGGAGCGAGAGCAGCUUUGGCAGUUAUUCAAAUCAGAAUACCAAGGUUUCCGAAGCUCAUAUCCAAAACGGUAGUGGUAAUGACAACGGCAAUGAGGUAUGGACGGAUGUCCACCUAGGGGAUGCGAGUGGUGAAGCUGGACCGAGUAGGAGAGGAGGUGGUUGGGAUGAUGGGAUGGAGAGGUAUGCGCAUGUGCCGCCUGUUCCGCCGAAGUCGCCUGAUCGGUUUCGUUGA